AUGGCCGCCGCCUCAACGAAAUUCAAGCUUAACACAGGCGCCUUUAUCCCUGCCAUUGGCCUGGGUACCUGGCAAGACCAGGAUGCACAGGAGAAAGCAGUCCUGAUCGCUUUGGAAACUGGAUAUCGUCAUAUAGAUACAGCUGCUAUUUACGGAACCGAGGCUGCCAUUGGCCGCACAUUAAAGAAAAGUAGAGUCCCGAGGGAGGAGAUCUUUAUCACGUCAAAGUUGUGGAACAAUAAGCAUCACCCAGACGAUGUCGAGUCAGCCAUCGACAAGUCGUUGAAAGAUCUAGGGGUCAGCUACGUGGAUCUAUAUCUCAUGCAUUGGCCCGUCGCUUUUGCUCGUGGGGAUGAGAAGUUCCCAAAGGACGGGCAGGGGAAUCCGAAGACGGAGAACAUUGAUUAUGUUGAUACGUACAAAGCUAUGGAAAAUCUUCAAAAAUCCGGUAAAGCCAAAGCCAUCGGGAUCUCGAACUUUUCCAAGGCGGAGGUGGGACGGCUGCUAAAAGAAGCCUCCAUUGUGCCCGCCGUGCACCAGCUGGAACUUCAUCCGUGGCUGCAACAGAAGGAAUUUGUGAAAUUCCUGGCCGAUAGGGGGAUACAUGUCACGCAGUAUUCGUCACUAGGGAACCAGAAUGAUAUAUACAAUCAUGAGUCUGUGGGGAGAAUGAUUGAUGAUCCUGUUAUCAAGGAGGUAGCGGAGAAGACCGGGAAGACGACUGCACAGGUUUCAUUGGCAUGGGGAAUUGCACACGGCCAUUCUGUGCUUGUCAAGUCCAAGACGCCGGACCGCAUUAAGCAGAACCUGCAGGGUGAUUUCCGUCUUGAUCAGGCAGAUGUCAAGAAGAUUGACGGGAUCGAUAAGAAGCGCCGUUUCAAUGAUUCGAGUGAGGAUUUCGGCUUUGACUUCUUCACCGAUUUGGAUAGAAAGCAGAAGUAG